AUGCGCAGAGCCAGCGGCGAGGCCGCCGGGGGCGGGGCCGGCGGAGGGAGGCACAAAGAUGGCGGCGGGUGCGGCGGGAGUUGUUGCCAUGGCGGCCCGCGGGAGGUGCGGGGGGACCGCGGGGCGACCCCGCCGAGGGGCGCAGGGGGGCUCGGGGGGCCGCACUUGGGGCUGGGGGGGCUCGGGGACAGCGGACACCCCCCCCAGGGGAGCGGCGGGGCCGGGCGGGGGGUGCGGGACAGGGCCCCGGGGGGCGGGGGGGGUACCGGGAUGAUGGGGGGGGGCAGCGGGAGCGCCUCAGGGGGGGCCCCCGCCGACGGGACGCUGUGUCCGGCCGCCGGGCGCGGGGGGCUGUGA